AUGUUCUCCAACCUCGCCUAUCUCCUCAGCUCUAAAUCCAUCACCCUCUAUAUCCUCUACACCUUCCACGUCAUGCUAGGAACUUCUCUUGUUUUCACCGCUCUCUAUACCUAUGGUGUGCAGACGAGCAAAGCCAUGGCAAGGGCCGCUGCACUCGAAGCUUCCGUCAACAGCGGAAAUGGCAUUGCUGGAUUUUCCGUAGGCAAGGCGUUGAAUGGAAGUGCCGUUGAAUUUGAAGACGAUAUGGAGAUUGAAAUGGACGGCAUGGAUAUCGCGAUGGGUGGCUUGAACCGAAUCAAGGGAAUGAGAAAGGUUAAAAGUAUGAUUGGAUUGAGCAGUGCGAAAGCGGGACGGGAGAAUGCAAGCACGGGAUUUGAGUGUGCGGAUGGGAAUGGGGAGGAGGGAAUUAAGUUUCGAGAGAUUUGUUAUUCUUCUGGGGGAAAGGAGGGGGUUGCAAUGAAUGGGCUUGGUGUGGCGGGAAAGGGAAUGGCUCUUGAGAUUUCUUGA